AUGGCGCGGUAUCUCACGCCGGCCAAGAUUGGCCUCCUCGUUCUGACCGAGCUAUACGUGGAAGAAGCGGUCCCCAGCGAUGCAAUCGUGCCAGUUCUGUCAUUCAUUGCGUCUCACGCCAUGGGCUACGAUCCAAAUGGACCAUCCACAAGCCAAGCGGCAAGAUGGACAAAGGCUGAGCGCGCCGUGAGCCUAGUGAUCUCGAUCAAGGACUUCGAGAAGCUACUCAGCAGCUAUCCUUUUCUGAUGGGCUUGCCCGGGAAGAGACUGUGGGAUCAGUUUCUCAAUAAGCUGUGGGGAAUUGACUCGCUCCACGCCCUCGGUGAGUUUUUCGAGCAUCUUUCGUGGACGCUGUCUAGAACAAAAGAAGAGCUUCGCCGAGAAGGGCUGGAUCCUGAUGAGCCCCAACUGGGCGUCAAACUCACCAACAACUCUCCUCUCGGCGCUUUCGUCCGCAGAGCCCGCCUCGAGUACCAACGCUUGCGGUUUCACGACUGCACCGAGCUCUGGAAAGACUUUGUCCGGUAUCGACAGCCAACAUCCCACUAUCAGAAGCGGAGGAAUCCAGACUUCGGCCGAUACAGUUUCGAUCAGGUGCUGCAGCGUGGAGAGCUGGAAGACUGGGAUGUUGACAAAGUUGCGAGCCUGGCGUCGGUGGCGUAUGGCGACAUGUUGACAGGGGACCGGACUGGGGGCCUCUCUGUCAGCAUAGAUGACGUUGAAAACUUACUCGACUUCCAGAUCGAGCAAAUGCAGAAAUACGGUAACCGGAUACCGCUGGAGAUUCGACACCAGUUUCACGACCUCCUCAACGACAGCUUCUUGGUUCCCAGCCUAACGCAUUAUAUCACCUUUCUCGACGCCUGGAGAGCCGGUGAUUAUCCCACGGCGUUCGACUUUCUGCAUAGAUACUUUGAUUAUACAAUGCAGCAUCGUGAUCGACUCUUUUACCAGUACGCCUUGAUGAACUUGGCCGUUUUACAAGCCGACUUUGGCUGUUAUAAAGAAGCCAUAACGGCCAUGCUUGAAACAGUGACCACAGCAAGAGAAAACAGGGACAUAACUUGCCUCAACUUCUCUUUGAACUGGUUGUUUCAUUUUGGACAAGCCCACCCGGAUCUCGUUCGUGAUCUGCAAGCGGAUAACCUCCUCGGCACAAGCAAAGAGACAUUGGCCUUCCUCCGAGUGAAAGCUAGGGAAGCGGGAAUGUGGACUCUUUGGAGCUCUGUGCUCUUAAGCGAGGCCAAACUUUGUCUCAUCAACGGCGACAGUGUAGCCACCGCUCUUGAAUACAUGGUACGAAGCUCGCAGAUUAUUGUGGAGAAGAAUAUGAAGGGCAUGUUCGGGGCACAGCUCGGCUUAUACUCGUCCCUCUGGAACAGGCUUGGUCUCGGUCACCUCACCACUGUAUCAUGUGAGAUCUUCUUACGGUGCCAUACAUGCCAUUCUAUGUUUGAUGAUGAGCUCAAGAUGAUCAGUCGAUUUUCGUCUGCACUUUUAGACCAGGGGAAAUAUCGCGAAGCUAUGGAGAUCUUAGACAAGGCUGACGAAAACUCACGGCGGUCGUGGAAGCCCAAUCAGUACUGGUUCAAGUAUAGGGGGGUCAUACAGCUCAAGAGAGACUUACAUCACAACAACUUGGACGGUGCAGAGCAGCUCUUGAGUCAGUUUCUACAGUCCAAAGGGGACGACUUCGAGCCCGACCUCGCUCUCGUAAUUGAUACCGCCCACAUAGAUUACUUGACUCGUCGCGGAGACUUGUCAUCAGCCGCCGAGAAAGUCGAUCAGAUGAUUACGGAACUUAGAGACGAGAAUAGAGAUAUAAGUCUACGAGUCAGGGCCCUGCUCAUCAAGGCUUCGCUCCUAGAUAAGUGCGGGCGGCCCCAGCGUGCUUUUUCCGUUGCCUUGCGUGCGGCAAACCUAUCUCUGCGCGCGCGGCUGAUGUCUCUGCUGUGGGCUGCAAUCGGCGCAAUAUCAAAUAUCAUGGUCUCCAUGAAUGAAUUCGAAGCCGCAAUGCAGCUACUCAUAGCCGUAUUACCGCGGAGUCUGGAGUGUGACUCCCCAACCCUCACCGCAAAAUUAUAUUCAUAUUUCGCUGAUGCCUGUAUGGGGUUAGCCGGGCAAUGUGAAAGCUAUGGCGUUGCUAGACAAGGGGAAGAAGCUCCAGAGCAGGACCAGGAAGCUAUAGAGACUGAGUCGCCCAAGUCAGCCACUCAACGCCGUGAUGAGUACCUCACAAGAGCGGCAAUGGCGGUCCAGAGUGCUUUUGAUGAGUAUUCUAGCAUUGAAGAUAUCAAUAGUCAGUGCGAGAUGAUGGCAAAGAAGGCUGUAAUUAUGAAAGUACUGGGCGACAUGGUCCUUGCUGCGGAUUAUGCCGCAGCUUAUGCUGAGCUCAAGAAGAAGGCUGAAUCUCUGAGUUUGAACGGGGGAGACACUACAUAG